GUUUUAAUGGCCGAAUAAAGACGUUACUUUGAUUUUCCUGCUCGCUGUGUUUGUGCUCAACGGUGUCGGGAUGUUCUGCGAGAAAGCCAUCGAGUUAAUCAGAGAGCUGCAGCGGAUGAGCGACGGACAGCUGCCCGCUUUUAACGAGGAUGGACUCCGACAGGUGCUGCAGGAGAUGGAGGCUCUUUAUGAACAGAACCAGACUGAUGUUAACGAGGCGAAGUCUGAAGGUCGAGCUGAGCUGAUUCCCUCCAUCAAACUGCGUCACUGCUGCCUGCUGAGGAACCAGCGCUGCCUCACAGCCUACCUGUACGACCGGCUGCUGAGGAUCAGAGCUCUGCGCUGGGAGUACGGCAGCGUGCUGCCUGCCAACGUCCGCUUCCACAUGUGUGCCGAGGAGGUGCAGUGGUUCAGUCAGUAUAAGAAGUCUCUGGCCUCCUUCAUGCGCUCUCUGGGUGGAGGUGAAGGUCUGGACAUCACUCAGGACAUGAAGCCUCCAAAGAGUCUUUACAUCGAGGUGAGGUGUCUGAAGGAUCACGGUGAGUUCGAGAUCGAUGAUGGGACGGUGAUCCUGCUGAAGAAGAACAGUCAGCACUUCCUGCCGCGGUGGAAAUGUGAGCAGCUGAUUCGUCAGGGCGUCCUGGAGCACGUCGUGUCCUGACGACGGAUUCAUCUGAUCACCGAUCAGUCUGCUAAAUGUUUGGUUUCAAAGCUCAAAUGUCCCAUCGUCCCUGAACACAACACCGGUUUGAAAGUUCUAUUCUGAUGUAAUAAUAAAAUAUUUAGUAUUAGUUUCUGUUUAAUGUUUCAGCUUCAAAACCUUUGUUCUUUUAUUUUAUUCGUAAAAGUCUUUAAGAUGUCAAAUUUACAUUUUGAAUCGAUCCUGGUGAAGACGAGUCAAACUAACAUUCAGUGCUCCUCCUCCGUGUUCAUCUACAGCAGGACGGCUUGUUUAACCUAAAAUCUAAAUCUUAAAUUGUCUGAAGCAGUCGCAUAAAACUAUAUUCUUCCUCUCUGAGUAGAAAGCUGCUCUGCCAUCCAAACAUUGUGCUUCAGAACAGUUUGAAUAAAUAAAUUUACUGACUUC